AAGAACAAACCUUUCCCAUGGAAUUAGUUCUAUUAUUAUUGGUAGCAUUAGGGUUUGCCCUAACGAUAAUCUUCCACAAAUCGACUCCAAGAAUCAACAAAAGCCCAAAACACCCUCUCCCACCGGGCCCCACCGGCUACCCCAUCGUUGGCUGCCUGCCGGAGAUGGCGAGAAACAAGCCAACUUUCCGGUGGAUGCUCAACUACAUGCAAAGCUUCAACACCGAAAUCGCCUGCUUUCGCCUCGGCGGGGUCCACGUCAUCGCCAUCACCUCCCCGGAGCUCGCCCGGGAGUUUUUCAACGAGCAAGAUGCCGUCUUCGCGGCAAGGCCGGGUAACAUGACGGGGAGGCUCACCAGCGGCGGCUACUUAUCGGCGGUGCUCGCGCCCGGUGGCGAUCAGUGGAAGAAAAUGAGGAGAGUUAUUGUGUCGGAGGUGCUCGCGGCGGCUGUCCAUGACUUGCUUCACGGAAAGAGAUGCGAAGAAGCCGAUCACCUCGUUCGAUACGUCUACAACCAAUGCCGGGAAAGUGGGGCCGCUGUGAAUGUGAGAGAGGCGGCGCGGCUUUACUGCGGUGGCGUGAUUAGGAAGUUGGUGUUUGGGAAGAGGUUUUUCGGGCCGGGAACGGAGGACGGAGGGCCGGGAUUUGAAGAGAGGGAACACAUGGAUGCAGUGUGGAUUAUACUAUCGUAUACUUAUGGAUUUGCUAUUGCUGAUUAUGUUCCCUUUUUGGAGAUGUUUGAUUUUGAUGGUCAUAAAAAGAUUCUUACAAAUGCCAUUAAGAAUUUGAGAAAAUACCAAGAUCCGGAAAUUGAUCAUAGGGUUGAGAUGUGGCGAAAUGGUGGUAGAAGCACUAAUGAUGAUAUUCUUGAUGUUUUGAUUAACCUCAAGGACUCCAACGAUCAUCCAUUGUUGUCAAUUGAAGAGAUCAAAGCGCAAGUUAUUGAAAUGAGUAUAGCGGUGAUUGACAAUCCAUCAAAUGUUGCUGAGUGGAGCAUGAGAGAGAUGAUCCGUGAGCCUCGUAUUCUUGAUGUAGCUGUGAAAGAGUUAGAUGAGGUUGUAGGUAAGAAGAGACUAGUCCAAGAAUCGGAUCUGCCUCAACUCAACUAUAUCAAGGCUUGUGUGAAGGAGGCUAUAAGGUUGCACCCCGUCGCACCAUUCAACCUUCCACACGUGUCGACUGAAGACACAGUCGUAAGCGGCUACUUCAUACCAAAAGGAAGCCACAUCCUGUUGAGCCGCCUCGGCCUAGGCCGGAACCCUAGGGUGUGGGACUACCCUCUUAGGUUUAAACCCGAGCGCCACAUUGACGGAUCCUCACAUGUGGGGCUUACUGAUUCUAAAUUGAGAAUGUGGUCGUUUGGUGUUGGCAAGCGUGGUUGCCCUGCAAUCUUGCUUGGUUCUACUAUAAUGACUAUGCUUUUAGCCAGACUUGUUCAAAGCUUUAGUUGGAAAUCACCAUCACAUAUGCCGAGUAUUGAAGACUCCAAUGAAGAUCCUUUUCUGGCCGACCCAUUGGUUGCUCGUGCCACACCUAGGUUGGAACCACAAGUUUAUAAGCAACUAAUGUAGAAAAUCUUGAACAUGUUCAUGCAUUCAUCAUCAAGAUGUAUCGCGUCUCGUUUAUCU